GUCGGCGCUUGUCUAAUUUCUUUUCCUCGUUCUUUCGAGGAAAGGGCUGAAUUCGCCUGGACAAUGAUUUAAUUAAAUAUAAUUCACUCUGCCCUCCUCUUUUGAUAUGAGCUCGUAUUUCUUUCUGUAUACUGCAAUCAAAUCUAUUUCUCCCUGCAUUUUUUUUUUCUUUCUUUUUUCAACGAGUGAUUAAUGUUGGAAUCAAUGGCGUCUUCUUCAUCAUCUCAGCAACAAAAUCAGGAAUUUACUGCCUUCUCUGCUAUAGAACCUGCUGGCAAAAGAAGAAAGGUUUCUGAAUCUUCAAGAUUGUUCGAUGUUUUCAUAAAUCACAGAGGCCCCGAUGUCAAAGAAACUUUGGCUACUCAGCUUUACACCUCUCUUCAGCAGUUGCGAAUACGGGCGUUUCUUGAUAAGGAAGAGAAGGAACUUGGAAAUUCUUUUCCUUCUACCAUCGAGACUGCCAUCCGCUCUGCUAAGGUACACAUAGCCAUCUUUUCCAAAAGAUAUGCAGAGUCACCUUGGUGCCUGGCUGAGCUAGUUCUCAUGUUAAACAGCCAGGCCAAAAUUAUUCCUGUGUUUUACGAAGUGAAGCCUAGUGACCUCCGCCACAUUGAAAAGGGAGCAUACGCUGAUGCAUUCAAGAAAUAUGAGGAAAAGGGCAGGUACCUGGACAAGCAGAACCAGUGGAAAGAAGCUCUUCAGUCACUUUCAUUAAUAGCUGGGGAAGAAUUUGACAGAUUCAGUGACUGUAAAAAUAUAAUAGUAGCAGUGCAAGAAGAGGUAAAUAGGAAAACAUGUUUACAUGUUGCUGAAUAUCCAGUGGGGCUUAACAACCUUGUGGAAGAUUUUGAAAGGCAUUGCCUUGAUGAACUUGUACAAGAUUUUGAAAACCAGUGCAGACUGAAGACUCUGAAGAAUAAGGUUGUGGUAGUUGGCAUUUUUGGCAUGGGUGGGUUGGGAAAGACAACUCUUGCCAAAGAAUUGUUUAACCGAAAGAAGUCUAAUUAUUCUAGUGCAAGUUUUCUGUUUGAUGUGCGAGAAGCAUCUGCGAGAAGCAACUUACCUUCUUUGCAACUUAAGCUUCUCGAAGAUCUCUUUGACACACAUCAUCUGAAUUUCACAAGUACAGAAGAAGGAACAAGCUAUCUCAAAGAUAAUCUACAAAGGAGCCCUGGGCAUUUAAGCUUCCUAAUUGUUGUAGACGAUAUCGAUCAUGUCCAGCAGUUAAACGCUCUACUGGUCAGAGAUAUCUUUAAAAAAUCUGGCAUAAAGAAAGCUCUGGUUAUUGUGACAACCCGAGACGUUGGGGUACUUGUUACCUCAGGGAUAACUCUUGGUUAUAAUUUAAAAGGAAUGGAUAAAAACCACGGGAGGAAACUCUUCUGCUGGCAUGCCUUUGGCCAAUCCCAUCCAUGUACUGGGUACGAGUCACUGGUUAAUGAAUUUGUAGACGUGUGUGGAGGGCUACCUCUGUCUCUCCAGGUUCUCGGCCGACAUGUCCAUGGUAGAGCUCACAGUUAUUGGAGGUCACAAUUGAUUAAAGCUAGAAUGAUGCUGCCUCGAGAUGUAAAGCAAAGAUUGAGAAUAAGCUUUGAGGCAUUGGAUGAUGAACAAAAACAGGUUUUCAUGGAUAUUGCCUGUUUUUUUGUGGGCAGAUCUAAGGGUACAGCCGAAAGAGUAUGGGAGGCAUCGGGAUGGAAUGCUCAACAUGCACUGGAGACACUCAAAGAUAAAUGCCUUGUGGAAGAAAUCAACGAGAUUCGGGGAGAUGUAAUUUUAUUGAGAAUGCAUGACCACCUGAGGGACUUGGGAAGAGAAAUGGCACUUGAGCUCAGCCCUCCCCAACGCCUGUGGCGUCCUCAAGAUCUGAAAUCUUCGGCUUUAAUGGGUUUCAAAAAUGUCCUCACCAAAACCAAUAUGAGGUGUUUCCACUCCAUUUUUGACAAGUCCAUUGGUUCUCAAGUUACAUUCUUUUUAGGCCAAUCAGAUAAUUGUUUUGAGACGUCAGCUUCCUUGCUAUGGCUCAAGAUCGAAGGGAAUUCCACGGAACAAUCAAGUAUUCCUUCAUGGAUUCCUCUUCAAAAUUUGCAUCAUCUAGAAAUCCACUCUGGACAGCUCAAAACGUUGUGGGAGAAUAACAUAGAGGCACUUUCCCGCUUGAAAGAGCUGCUGAUUUAUGAAAACUCUUUGAAAGAGUUUCCAGAUUUAUCAGGAAUUUCAGAUAGUUUAGAAAAUGGAUUUUUCGAAAGCCUUGAAAAGCUUGUGAUUAGCGGUGAAUAUUUUAUGUCCAAGAUAUUAAUUAGUGGAAUUCACUAUCCCAGCCUUGACUCGAUCGCACUUGAAUACAUGGGAAAUCUUAUGGAAGUAAAUUUAAGAAGUGUAAAUAGCUUAAAGUCACUUACUAUUCUAUAUUGUAAUAAACUCACAAGAUUGAUAGGAACAUCUCAUCUUACAAAUCUUGUCGUGUUAAGGAUUACUCAAUGUCCAGACCUUGAGGAGCUAAGGCUUGCUCAUCCGAGCUGUCUUGAAAGGCUCACAAUCGGUUACUGUAGAAAGUUGAAAAGUGUGCUGGGAAUAUCUUAUCUUCUGAAGCUUGUAGAAGUGGAUAUUUAUUAUUGUGAGAAGCUAGAGUUCGAUCACUUGUGUCUCUCUGGUAUGAAAUGUCUCGAGAGGAUGACAUUUGAUAAAUAUGUAAAGGUGAAAUAUAUUGAAUUAGAUAGCUGUCAAAAUUUCAAAACAAUACAGUUUGGUUAUGAAGAGCUUGUUGAAUUAAGCAUUCAGGGCUGUCUGGAGCUUGAGUUUGAGCCAGUUUUCAGAGGUCCAAGUUGCCUGGAAAAGAUUAUAAUUGAUGGAUGCAGAGAGUUCAAAUAUUUACAAUUGGAUGGUUGUAAAAAAUUGAAAACAAUACAGUUUGGCUCUGCCGAGUUUGUAGAAUUAAACAUUCGGGGCUGUCCGGAGCUUGAAGAAUUGACAAUUUUUAGAGGCCCAAAUUGCCUGGAGAGGAUUAUAAUUGAUGGAUGCGGAAAGCUCAAAUGUCUUCAAGUGGAUGAUUAUCAAAAUUUAAAAAGUGUGUUAGGAAUAUCUAUUGCAAAGCUUGCAGAAUUGGAAAUUUGUGGCUGUGGGAAGCAAGAGUUUGAUCACUUGUCUCUCAGUGGUCUCAAGUGUCUCGAGAGGAUUAAAUUUGAUACACUUGUAAAGUUCAAAUAUUUUGAAUUGGAUGGUUGUCAAAUUUUGAAAUCAAUACAGUUUGGCUGUGAAGAUCUCGUAGAAUUUAGCAUUCGAGGCUGUCCAAAGGUUGAAGAAUUGCCAGUUUUUAGAGGGCCAAGUUUCUUGCAGGGGAUUAUAAUUGAUGGAUGUGAAAAGCUGAAAUGUCUUCAAGUGGAUGAUUGUCGAAAUUUGAAAACAAUCCAGUUUAGCUCUGACGAGCUUGUAGCAUUAAACCUUCGGGGCUGUCCGGAGCUUGAAGAAUUGCUCAUUUUCAGAGUCCCAAGCUGCUUAGAGAGGAUUAUAAUUGAUGGAUGUGGAAAGCUCAAAACUCUUCAAUUGGAUGGUUGUCAAAAUUUGAAAAGUGUGCUAGGACUAUCUAAUCUUGCAAAUCUUGCACAACUGGAAAUUUGUGAUUGUGAGAAGCUAGAGUUUGAUCACUUGUGUCUCAGUGGUAUGAAUUGUCUCCAGAAAAUGACAUUCCAUAGAAAUGGAAAGGUGAAUUAUUUUGAAAUAGAAGGUUGUCAAAAUUUGAAAACAAUGCAGUUUGAUUGUGAGGAAGUUGUAGAAUUCAGCAUUCGGGGAUGUCCGGAGCUUGAGGAAUUACCAAUUUUUGCAGGUCUGAGUUGCCUGGAGAGGAUUAUAAUUGAUGGAUGUGGAAAGCUCAAAACUCUUCAAUUGGAUGGUUGUCAAAAUUUGAAAAGUGUGUCUGGUAACUUUAAUAAGCUUGGGCAGUUGCGUAUUAUAAAUUGUCCUGAGCUUGAAGAGGUGUCGAAUCUUGACAGACUGGGCUAUUUGUGGAGCAUCAUAAUUCACAGCUGUGAGAAACUCCAGAACAUAUCAGGUAUUGAAGAAUGGGAUGUAUCAGACAAUAUGAGUCUCUGUUAUUGCAGCAAUGCACUAAUACGGAGUUCCAUUCGUAAGUUGAAGAAUGUGCAGCCAUUUUUAACCACUGUUUUGAUUGGAAGGGCAGUGGAUGGAGCAGAGUCAACUUUAAACCAAUUCUCCUUUCCUGAAUUUGAAACCUAUCCACUAACUAGUGGCGACAGGCCAAUGGAUGCAUUCAUUAUAUGCCUUGUGAUAAAGGUCGAUAGCUCUUCUCCGGUAGAAGAGGUAAAUAAACUUUUCCACCCUAGAUUUCAGUUGCAACAAGGAGAAUGGAUAAUUACAAUGGUAGUUCGUAGAAUGGUUUUUACGAACUCCGAGCGUCAUACUCUAAGGAAUUGUGAAAUAUUGAAGGGGGGUUUUUGGGUAAAAGGGAAUGGCGUGCAUGUGUUACGUGCAAUUGUUGAUAAGCUAUAUCAUUCAUAAAUGGAGUCGUCUUGGAAAUUGUUAUAAAGUAUUCAUUUUUAGUGAGAGCUGUCCAUAGAGUUCAACGGUCUACAUCAUUUUUAGUGAGAGCUGUCCAUUAUUUUCUUUAAUAUGGGGAACGGUCUACAUGCACUCCUCUCCAAUCUUCUCCGAACUCUUCGGAAUUAAUCGUAAAUUUAGCUCUUUUGGUGAAUGUGAGUGGCUCGUUGGUA